CUCUCAAAACCCUCCAUCGACCUCCCUCUCCUCCUCCUCCUCCUCCUCCUCCGUUGACCACCAUGGAACGGGACCCCUGUCCUGAUCGUAUACUGGAUGAUAUCGGCGGCGCUUUUGGCAUGGGCGCCGUAGGGGGUGGAGCGUUUUACUUUCUCAAAGGCCUAAAGAAUUCCCCCAGAGGAUCUCGGCUCCUGGGCGCCUACCAAACCGCCCGCAUGAAAACGCCAGCAACUGCCGGCGGCUUCGCCGUUUGGGGUGCCUUAUUUUCCCUCUCCGACUGCUCCCUCGUCUACCUCCGCCAAAAGGAGGAUCCGUGGAACUCCAUCAUGGCCGGGGCCUUCACGGGGGGGUUCCUACAAAUGCGCCAGGGCUUUGCCUCCGCUUCUCGGGCUGCUUUAAUUGGUGGAGGUUUAUUGGCCCUCAUAGAAGGUCUUCAGAUCGCUAUAAAUCGAUUCGUUGCAGCUCAACAGCAACAAAUUAUAUAUGUUGAUCGUAAUAACGUGCCUAUUGGCAUGGGUCAUCAGGGUAAUCAGGACCUGCGGGAGACAGCCGGUGCUUCCGGCUCAGCGUCCUGGUUUGGAGGGUGGUUUGGUGGUGGUGGAAAGAAAGAGGAAGAAAAGAGUGGAGCCAAGACGGAGAUUUUGGAGAGCUUUGAUGCUCCUUUGCCACCGACUUUUGAGUUCAAGUGAAAUUUCUAUGCUUUUUCACUACUCAGUGGGAGUGAUCAUAACUAUGGUUAGUCAAGUACAUUCAUUCUUUUUGGAGAAUAGAUUGAUAUUGAAAUUUUACGUCUUACAUUGUUGUUAAUUUUAAUUAAUCCUACAAGGAUUCUCUGGUAAAGGGAAAUUGAUUGUUGAGGUUAAAUAUUUGACACAGUGUUAAUUUAGUAGUGACAGAUUGGCUUAGUGAGAAAUCUUGAAUUCUCAAUUGAAUUAAUUU